AUGACCGGGGGAAGGGAAAAGGUCACGGAUGGAACAGAGGUGGAUGGAGUGGAUGGGAAAGAGGAGAAGGAGCGAGAGGCAGAGGAUGUGAAGGAUUUAGAAGUAGUGGUUGUCAUUAUCGUGGUGCAGAAGGACAUUGGAAAAGAGAAGUUGUUUGUGAAGGGAUCUGCAUUUGUUCGGGAAGGAAUCCGACACUCUGGAUACGCAGUUACUGACAGGCAGACUGUAUUAAUAGGGGAAACUCUUUCUCCCGGGGCCUCAGGGUGGGUGAAGCUCAGCACUGGGGUGUUGGUGGCAGCGCUGAGGGUCCUGCACUGCCCCAUUAUGGUGUCUGCUCUGACCGUCCUUCUCCUCGAGCCCAGCUACCCCAAACCCAACAUCUCCCUGCUGAGCCCCAGCUGGGGGGUCUCCCUGGGGGGAGCCGUGACCAUCCUUUGUUGCGGCCAGCACGAGGGCCUGCAGUUCGUGCUGAAUAAAGAGGGACGCAUUGUCCAAUGGGUGAAUUCGGACUAUCUCGCUCUGUUUCACAUCAACAACGUGAGCCGGGAGGAUGGCGGGAACUACAGCUGCUCCUAUCACAACCAAUCGGAGCCGUCUGCCGUGUCGGACUCCAGUGACCCCAUGGAGCUGGCAGUGAGAGAUCCCAGCUUACCCAGACCCUCCAUCUCUCUAAACUUCACUGCCCCAGGGGCAGACGUCACCAUCCGGUGUCAGGUGCAGCGCCGGGACGUGAGGUUCUUCCUGCACAAGGCUGGACACCUGAACCCGCAGCAACGCAUGGACUCUGCUGGGGCCUGGGCCGAGUUCUGCAUCCCCAGCGUGGGCCGGCAGCACGGAGGGAGCUACAGCUGCAGCUACCGGCCCUGGUCAGAGCCCUUCAUCUCCUCAGAGCCCAGUGACCCUGUCGAGAUCAUUGCAGCAGACGAAUCGGCACCACCAGGUCUGACCGUCAUCACUGGAGUGAGCGUGGCAGCUGCCAUCCUCCUCCUCCUCCUCGUGGCCUUCGUCUGCUUCAGAAAAACCCGAGCCAGAAGAGGAGCUGCAUCGAGACUGAACAGGUAG